AUGUACGCAUUUUUUCUAAUUACCGCUUGCUUAUGCGUAAGCGUAUUCGCUAAAUCUGUAGAGUAUUCUCUUGAGGAUGCUGACAGAUACUUUGAAGAUUUCAUAAAAGAAUUUGACAAGCAAUAUGCCAAUGAAAUGGAGAAAGAAACUCGUUUCCAAAUAUUCAAGAAGAAUUUAGAGGAUGCUAACCGCUUGAAUAAGGAACAUCCAGACGCUGUCUUUGGUAUAACUGCAUUUAUGGACUUAACUACUAAAGAAUUUGUGUCAACUUAUACAUGCUUAAGAGAAGAUGCAACUCAGGUUUAUUGCGAUAAAAUUAUUCACGACGCAGAUAUUGAUUACUCGGGCGCACCAGAAUCAUUUGAUUGGCGUGACAAAAAUGUUGUCACUCCAGUGAAAGACCAAGGUGGCUGUGGAUCUUGUUGGGCUUUCAGUGCAACUGCUUGUGUUGAGAGCCAGUACGCCAUUAAACAUCGCGAGGCUAUACCGCUUUCGGAACAAGAACUUAUGGACUGUGAUGAAAACUCUGAUGGAUGUGGCGGAGGAUUUAUGUCUACAGCUAUGAAGGCACUUAUUGCUAAAGGAGGCCAAAUGAAGGAAUCAGACUAUAAGUAUGAAGGUUCCAAAGGUAAAUGCAGAUUAGACAAAAGCAAAAUUGUAGCUAAGGUUACUGAUUGUAUUUCAUAUAAUCUUACGUCUCAAGAAAAAGUCAAGCAAGUUUUGUACAAGGUUGGGCCCAUUUCUAUCGGUAUACAAGCUGCGUAUUUGAACAUGUACACGGGAGGAAUAUUUCCAGAUAACCUUUGCUUGGGAAAGAUCAGUCACGGUGUACUCCUCGUAGGAUAUGGAACAGAAAACGGCAAGCCUUACUGGCUUGUGAAGAACUCUUGGGCACGUUCGUUUGGUGAAAGGGGCUACUUCCGCCUGCAUCGCAGUGAUAAUCCUAAAGGUGCUUGUCAAAUGCUGAACGAUGCAAUGACUACAGCGACCGUUGAAUAA